AUGUACAACGACCACGUUAUUUCGCCACACAAGGCAAGCAGCUUACCACCAUCUAUUUCCUCGCACAUUCGAGGCGCAACCAUUAACAUGCCGUCGUCUUUAAUGGACAACUCCAGACACAGAGCGCCUCACGCCUACGACGAGGGCGAGAACAGUACCGCGAACCGACCAUUACUUCCGCAGAUUUCGAUUGAUACGAGUGAUAUCGAGUUGCCGUUGAUGGACCUUUCGCAAUUUCCUAUGCCUUCAGGAGCGCCGAACUCUUCUGAGCAGCAGCAGCAGCAGACUUCAAGAUAUACCGAAUCUCCAAUCGACCCGCAGCACAACUUUAACAUCCAGAGCCCGACUUCGACAAGUCCAGUAUCCUCAAUACACUCCCAUGACAACAACAAUGGAGCCCCUUUAACCCAACACUCGACGACAACCUCCACAUCCUCAAUUCCUCCACCUCUCCCUCAAACCAGCAGCACCAUCCCUCCACCGCCAGGCAAACCCCCCUCAACACGCCCACACCCCUCCCUCAACCGCUACGACCGCCUCCAGCAACUCUCCAACAAAAUCUGGCUCAUCGAAUACUUCUCCUGGGCCCUCUCCCUCUUCACCUUCCUCUGGAUCACCCUCGUCCUCUCAAUGCGACAGGACAAGCCGCUCCCCUCCUGGCCCCUCAGCAUCACCAUCAACGCGCUCAUCUCCGUGCUCUCCGCGGUAAUGAAGUCCAGCCUCUUACUCCCCGUCGGCGAGGCGAUCGGCCAGUUGAAGUGGAACUGGUUCCGGAGCGGGGAGAGGCCGCUGGUGGAUUUUGAAGCGUACGAUGGGGCGACGAGGGGGCCGUGGGGGUCGGUGCUGCUGUUGUGGACUUCGAGGGCUAGGUACAUGCUCUCCACCACUUCCUCCGCGCCCUCGAACCUCAUGUUCAUCACCGGCGUGGAAGACAAAUACACAAUGCGCCAAGUCUCCGACCCGGUACGCGCCGCCGUCUUCAGCGGGUUGUACUUCAGCGGCAAUCCAUCCGACGACAUCGCGCUGAACGUGCUGCGACCGCACGUUGCGUGCCCCACGGGCAACUGCUCGUUCCCGCUGUUCGACUCCCUCGCCGUGUGCAACCAGUGCGCCAACGUGACCGACCUGCUCGAAGUCGUGGAGACGUAUGUCGAGAAUUCGGCCGGUAACAGCGAGAAGAUGUGGAACACGACGCUGCCUGGGGGUUUCAAUACUGGGCCUAUGCGAAUGGGGUCGACGACUGAGUAUAUCUCGUCAGGCCUUGUGCCGUCUCUCGCAAGACUCGACCCGCAGUUCCCGCUGCUGAAUUUCGUGCAAUUGUCGUUUGGGCGGCUCAACCAGACGGGGCCGAAGGGAGCUGUGGCGAUGGAGUGCGCGCUGCAUUGGUGCAUGAACCGCUAUAAGUCCGAAGUCGUUAACGGUAUACUGAAGGAGGAAGUCGUCGCCAGCAGCUCGACAGGGUCCCGCGACCCGUCCGUCAAUGGCUGGUUCCACACGCUCGACGGGCCUCUCGGCGCAAACUCCUCCUUCAUCGCGGAGGACGACUUCGACAAGGAGACAAACAGGUCGCUGAAGACGGACGCCGUGAAUCGGAACUACCACCGCGACAACAGCGGCGAUACCGUUGCUGAUAACCAGUCUAUCGUGGGAGCCUACCCCUUCGGCCGGAACGAAAAUGUAGGUUACGUGCAUCUCACUGCCAGCGAGAUGCUGGCGGAGUGGGCGGGCGCACUGCUGUCCGGAUACAGGACGUGGAAUGGAGGGAGCGAGAAGCCAGAGACGUUCGAGGCGACUGACGUCGCGCGCCGCCUCUACCAGACGGGAAACGCGACGUUGUCGCUGGACAUGUUGGCUCUGAGUCUGAGUGCUGCAGUCCGCGAGGCUGUCUUCACGACGUCCGGCGCGAUCCCGAAUGACGGCCGCGUGACUGUUGAGGGAUGGGGGUGGAGUUCGACGGUCCUGGUCAGGGUGCAGUGGGGUUGGAUUGCGCUGCCUGCGUUGCUGGAGGCAGCGAGUCUGGCGUUCUUGCUGUUCGUUGCGUGGGAUACAAAGGUGGCGGGGGCGAGUAUAUGGAAGAAUUCGUCGCUGGCGGUGCUGUUUCAUGGGAUGUUGGAUGACGAUGGGGCGGAGGAGAGGGACCUGGUGGUGAUGGAGAAGAUGGCGGAGGAGGAUUAUGGGGGAAAGGUUGCGCUUAGAGAUGCGGGAUAUGGUCCUGUGAGAUUGGAGUGA